GAGGCGAUCGCGUCGCGGCAGUCCGGCGAGGCACCAGGCUCUAGCUGGAGUUUCGGUCACUGAGUCAUCUGCCCACUUGUCUGCUGCCCUUGUUGAAAGCCAUCAUGCCUCGGGGUCAGAAGAGUAAGCAACGUGCCCGUGAGAAACGCCGCCAGGCCCGAGAGGAUCCUGGGGAUCUGGGUCUUCAGAGAGCUACAGCUGUUUCAUACACUGAGUCCAUCUACAGAAGUGGUCUAGAUGAGAAGGUGGUUAUAUUGGUGUACUACCUGCUGUACAAAUAUCAAAUGAAAGAGUCUAUUACCAAGGGAGAUAUGGUGAGAAAUAUAAUCCAGACAUAUAGAAAUCACUUCCUUGAAAUCCUCAAGAGAGCUUCUGAGCACCUGGAGAUGGUCUUUGGCCUUGACCUGAAGGAAGUGGAUCCUUAUCGCCGCAUCUAUGUCCUUGUCAACAAGCUGGACCUAAGCUACAAUGCAAAGCUGAGUGAUGACAGAGGGGUUCCCAAAACAGGGCUGUUGAUGGCUGUUCUGGGUGUGAUAUUCACGAAGGGCAACCGCGCCACCGAAGAGCAAGUCUGGCAAAUAUUGAAUGUGAUGGGGUUAUAUAAGGGGAGAAAGCACUUCAUUUUUGGGGAGCCUAGGAAGCUCAUCACCAAAGAUUUGGUGCAGGAAAAUUACCUAGAGUACCGCCAGGUGCCUGAUAGUGAUCCUCCUCGCUAUGAGUUCCUGUGGGGUCCAAGAGCCCAUGCUGAAACGAGCAAGAUGAAAGUUCUAGAGUUUGUGGCCAAGAUCCAUGAUACGGUCCCCACUGCUUUCCCCACCUGGUAUGAGGAGGCUCUGAGAGAUGAGGAAGAGAGAGCCCAAGCCAGAGCUGCAGCCAGGGCUCGCACUGCUGCCAUAGCCAGUGCACGCUCCAAGGCCAUGGCCAGCUGUUCCUCCCGACCCAGUAAAGUCUGAGGCAGAUUCCUCACUUUGUUGUUAGAAAGAGAAGUCUGUAUUCUAAGUAGUAGAAGAUUGGGGUGGGGCUCUAGACAACAUAGUGCGUAACAUAUUUGUCCUUCUGUUCUAUAUAAUAUCUUUAAUACUUUUUAAAAAUAAUUGCUCCUUUUAAUAGAAGGUUUAAGUAGCUUCAUAAUCCAAAUUUGAGUGGUAUUGCUCAAAUAUUUAUUGUUGUGAAUGAGAAUUAACAGUUUUAUUAUUUUUGUAAAACAAGUUGGAAAAGUUCCCCUUUAGUAAUUUGCAACAACAGAACAUGGCAAUGUAUGAUCCAUUUCCUUGGAAAUGUGAAAAAUUCAACAGUGUAAUAGUUGGGAUCACAAAUGAA